AUGCGAGGAUCCUUGGGCCUACGUCGCCAGUGCCUCAGUAGACAUCGCGGGGGAAGUCCACUCGUUGUAAAGCUCUACUGUUCGCACUCCCUGGCCAUCGGUGCCAACGAGUCUGACAUGCACCAGCUGUUCACCGACCUGUUCAGCACGUACAACAAACACGUACGGCCCGUGCUGCACCAUGACGAGAUCACCAAAGUGUUCUUCGAGAUCGCGCUCUUCAACAUCCUCAGUGUGCACACCCGAGAGCAGAAACUCGUCACCAACACAGAGAUGAUAAUGAAGUGGGAAGAUCAUUACCUCGCUUGGAACCCGAAGGACUAUAACAAUACUCAUAUGAUACACGUGCCUUAUACUGAUAUUUGGUACCCGGAUGUCAUCCUUUAUAAUACCGCCGACUCCAACUACCGCAACGGGAUAAUCAACACAAACGCCAUCAUUUCGUACACUGGAGAGGUCGAGCUCGUGUCCCACGUGAUGUUUCAGUCGACGUGCGAAGUGGACAUCGAGUGGUAUCCUUUCGACCAGCAGGACUGUAAGCUCCACUUUGCUUCCUGGACUUAUGACAUGACGAAGAUCCAGCUAAUCCAAGGACCAGCUGAUCUGUCAGAGUACACGCCACAUCCCGAGUUCUAUCUUGAAGACUUCUAUUCUGAGCUGAAACUGGCCCACGACCCUUGUUGUAUUAAUCCUUUUUCUACCAUGAUCUACCACGUGCAAGUUCAACGGAGGACAAUGUUCGCCAUCUUCUUCUUCAUAAUGCCGGGCACCAUCGUUAACUUUUGUGCGCUGCUGACGUUCCUGCUCCCUGCUGAGUCGGGCGAGAAGGUCAGCCUCUCCACCAACGCCCUACUGGCCAUGAUGGUGUUCCUGAUGGCCAUGACGCAGGACAUCCCGCCCACGGAGCAAGUGCCGCUCAUCGGCAAGUACUACGGCAUCUGUAUUGCUAUGCUGGCCAUCAACAUAACCUGCUCUGUGGUGACACUUCGUCUGCACUUCUCCAUCGGCACUCCGGUCCCCCGCACGGUCAGCUCUGUUGCCCAAUUCCUCGGUCGCCUCCUGUACGUUGCACCGCCGGAGGAACUGAAGGUCAAAUGGAGCAGGUCAUCACACAGAAAGAACACCUUAUAUUUGCUUGAUUUACGAUUAUACUAUGAAUGA